GAAUGUAGCAGAAGAAGAUGGCUGCGCCCUGUAGAAGGAUGGCGAGUCGGUCUCUCCUACAGCUUCUUUCUGGUUUUAGCAGGACAGCGGUCGGGAACACGGGGUUUCGUCAUUUGUCCAGCACUUCUGUUUCUCGAGCGUCUUUGCAGACCAAAAGUGUAACGGAAAGAGCGACUUCUCCGUGGACUCUCAUGGCAGCGGUGUGUCUGCAAAGGCUUCCGGUCAUAUCAGCGGACCUCAGCCCGAUGGAGCAGCAGUUCAGACAGAUGAUGCACCAGAUGGAGCUGGAGAAAAGCUUGCUGUCGGACCACGAGCUGCGACUGCUGGAGGACGCUGAGAGAAUGAGUCGUAAGCAGGCGGACAACUAUGACUCGGACGAAGAGGACGACCGCGGCGACCAGGAGAUCAUGUUGGCUCAGGACCUGGAAGACUCCUGGGAGCAGAAGCUGAAGAGCUUCCAGCCAGCGCCAAGGGUCAAAGCUGAUGUAGAUAAGGACUUGACCUCUUUGGAGCGCUGCCUGGCCGACUCGCUGGUUCUUCUGGCCGAGCAGCAGGUCGGCGGCGAGAAGCUGUGGCUGCUGCCUCAGACUCAGUGGCAGGAAGGAGAAACGCUGCGACAGACGGCCGAGAGAGCCCUCGCUUCCCUGCCAGCGGCUGGUUUCAAGGCGACUUUCCUUGGCAACGCCCCAUGCGGAGUGUACAAGUACAAACUGCCCAAAGCAGUUCGGACGGAGAGCUCAGUCGGGACAAAGGUGUUUUUUUUCAAAGCCAUUCUGUCAGACAGCGCCCCCCCCGCGGCCCCAAACGCUCCUUUUCUGUGGGUGAAGAAAAGCGAAAUGCAGCGCUACCUGAAACCAGCAUACAUGAUGAAGGUCGACCGCUUCAUCCUCGGCGUGUGACGCCUAAACACAAAUCAGGGACACUGACUACCAGAACAAUAUUUAUGAGGCCCAGAAAGUUACCCAUGUCACUUUUCUGUCGUCUUGUAUCAUAAAAUGUUCUUUCGUUCAAUUUAUGUGUUUCAUUGUAUAAAUAAAUUGUUUUUUUUCACACA